AUGUUAGUGAUAUUUACAGUAGCCAUCGGAAUAUUAAGCUUUACCAAAGCCCACCGAUACAAAGUCGAGUUUGAAGAUGAUGAGUUAUUCAGCGAUUGCCCAAAUCAACCGGAGAGUGUACUCAAUAUUCAUGGUCUCUUAAAUUUGACAGAGUGGACCAUAGACCGGCCACAGGAUAAUUUAAAAUUUUCGGGAAAUUUUACUACGGUAUGGAAUAUUCAGAAAACGGAUCGCAUACAGUGUAGCUUGGAUGUUUUCAAGUAUGAACGCCGAGAUUGGGUACCAACUCUCUACAAGAUGAAAAUGCCUAAUUUCUGUCCAUUACUCUUUGAUAAGAAUCAAUAUUGGUACGGAGUGUGGGGACAACACAUAACGAAUCUCGAGGAAGUAAAAGACAACUGUCUUAAAGUUCCAGGGACGAAGUACAUACACGAACCCUUCGAGAUGUAUCUUGAUAUUGAAAAUAAAAUGGGAAAUUUAGUGGUACUGACUGUAAUCGUCGGAAUAUUAAGCGUUACCAAAUCCUAUCGAUACAAAACCGAGUUUGAGGAUGAAGAUUUAUUCAGCGAUUGCCCAAAUCAACCGGAGAGUGUACUCAAUAUUCAUGGAAUUGCAAAUACAUCAGAGUUAACCAGAGUCUUACAUCACAAUCUUAUACAAGUAUCGGGAAAUUUUACUUUGGUAUGGGAUAUUCAAAAAACGGAUCGUAUUCAGGCUACUUUAGAUGUUUUCAAAUAUGAACGCCGAGAGUGGAUACCAACUCUUUACAGGAUACAAACACCUCAUUUGUGUUCAAUACUGUUUGAUAAGAAUCAAUAUUGGUAUCCAAUGUGGAUUCAACAUGUAACGAAUAUCGAAAAAGUAAAGGACAAGUGUUUUAAUGUUCCAGGGACGAAGUACAUACAUGAAACCUUCGAUAUGCAUCUUGAAUUCGAAAAUAAAAUGGGAAAUGUAGAAGGACAACAUAAACUACAAUUUGAGCUAAAAGCAUUUGAUAAGUUAAACAGGAUGCGUCCAACUUCCAUAUGUUUUGCAAUGAUAAUAAACUAUGUAAGACUAUCCCAAAAGUCCCGAAAAUAAACAACUAGCAUAUAUGUAC